AUGUCAAGAGUUGAGACCGUUUCUGCUGACUGGGGCCCAGACACCCUUAUAGCUGUUUACAAGAAGGGAGAUAAGACAAGAUGUGAGAACUAUCGCGACAUAAGUCUUAUCAACGUUGCUAUUGUUCUUGUCGGGCGAUUACAUUCUGUGCAUGACUCUAAGACGCCGAUCAACCAAGCAGGACUCCCCGCUGGGCCACACUGCGGAUCAAAUAUUCAUUUUGGAAUGGGUCUUUGCAUUUCGCCAGAGCUACCCAUAACUGACGGCCGUCCGCCAUCUGCUGCGUUCGACUCCGCCCACAGUGUAUCCCUAUGGCGGACAAUGACACUAGAUGGUGCACCACCAAUAGUCAUUGCCAUGAUUAGGGGAUAUUACCAUUCCACCACUGCGCGGGUUCUGGUCUGCAGCAACCUCUCAGAACCAUUUGCUUUUCGGUCUGGCUUUCAUUGA